CUUCGGGAGGAUUUUCAUGAUUUUCAUCUUUGAUUUGAUGGCAAUUGGCAUAGACUCCAUAGAGAAAUUAAUAAUGGUUGAUGCUCAGACUAAUUAUUUAAAAGAAUCGAUGGUUCAUGCAUUCAUGUCAUGGGUUUAUACUUUAUAGUAUCCUUGGAGCCUUGGAUUUGUUGUUGUCAGUUCUCCGGAUUCGUGGUCUGUGUUGUCAGUUAUUGUGGUCAAUUUUGUAUUUUGUAUAGAAAAACAAUUGCAAAUAGAACUUAAACGAGUUGUGAUACUAUUAAUAAUGUAUUUAAGUUUUGUUUAUUUGCCUAGAUGAGUUACCUUAGUUUGCUUUGGCAAAAAUAUAAAAUGAAAUGAAUUUAAUGUUUACGAGACCUAUUAGAUUAGGUGUGGUUUGUUGAUAUCAAACACAUGUAAAUAAAUAAUUUGUUAAAAAUGCGAUUCAAUAAGCAAGAGUUAGCUGCCUUAGCGUCACAAACUUCUCAGAGUUUCGAUCGUGAAGGAGUAAUGUUGAUUAAAGAAAAGCAAGAUGGUUUUUUUAGACGUUCUGAAGGUGACUACUAUGCGCGCUGGUUUCGCCUUAGGGGCAAUCUCCUCUUUUAUUUAAAAGGUCCAGGACCUUGGCAAGAGCCUGUGGGAUGUAUAGUACUAGGUCAACAUCAAGUAAAAGAGCAGCCACUUGACGAAAGUGGAAAUUGGCCAUUUCAUCUAAUCUGGGAGAAUGGAGUAUGUUACAAAUUGGCCACAUUUCAUGAAGCUGAACGCACUUUAUGGCUUAAAGCCAUAGAAACAGCUCCAUAUACAGUUAUCGUUUCACAAAUAGUUGCACUUAAAGAAAAGCUUAAUAAGAUAAGAGCAACCACUGACAUAACAACAUACAGACUGCAAAAAGGGAUUGUACUUGAUAUGAAUGAGAUACCUCUUUGUGAGUUGGCCCUUUUCUGUGAUAAUCUAUUGUGUGAUACACAUGGUCGGCCACCAUCUCCUGUAGUUGUUAUAUACGUUAAAUAUUCAAAGGGUCUCUGCAUCAAGUAUGGAACAACAGAGAUAGUUGAAACAUGCAGCAAUCCUUGUUUUUCAAAAACUAUUUUGUUUCGUGCUAGCGAUGGUCUGUCGCGAGAGACGAUAGUUAGGAUAGUUGUAUAUGAUGUUAAGGAGCGUGUUUCUGAAACUGCAGUGCCAAUGGGGUCUACAACUUUGCAACUUAGCACGAUUCAGGAAGCCCAAAGAUUGCGUGUAGCGCUUAUGACGCGCGAUAACAAGACCGUGGGAUUCGUAACAAUCAAUGGUUGGAGCUUGGAGCCGUCCUAUAUUGGGACCAGCCCCAGCCAUACAAAUGAAAAAAACUGCAUUGACAUCCCACAAAAAAUUCUAUGCCAUCGACGAUCGCAAUCCUUGCCCCCGAGACUCGGAUUGAAAUUGAAGUUUCCGUCUUAUGGAAAUCUCCUAAAACAAAACUUUGUUAAUAGUCAUCAAGUCACAUACAGAUUUCAUUCGGGACUGGGUGGAGAUAUAACGGUGCACGAAAUAAUGGCCGAACCGAAAUUGUGCUAUCAAAUUCCAAUGCAACUUUUGGAAAUAUACAUUCAACGAGAGAAGGAGUUACUAGAAGAGUUGUUGUCAGUGGGAGAUAUUUGUGGACACUGGCGAGUUAAGCGAUUAGAAUUGGCGUCCACACAUAUGUCUUUAUUGCAACAUUAUUGCCAUUCAAAAAAGUGUUUGCAGCAAGCGGAAAACGCCUAUUUUAAGGCAAGCAGUAAAAAAGAUGAUUCAAGUUUGGAAUUCGCUCCUGUCAACUUGCAUUUACAAAGGAUGUGGGUGUACAACGACACGCUUAAUAAGACUGGUUUCCAUGACGUCAUCACUGCGGGCGCGUUCGCUGCGCAUACGCAUAAGUCUGAACGGACAGGAGGCCUUAUUAGACUAGUUCAGCAAGUAAAGGAUAUAACAAAUACGAAAGCAGCUCUAAAUUUUGCAGCGGCGAAUAAGAUACAGGCGGAAUACGAUAACGUCAUAGCUCUGAGGCGGUUACGUGAUGAAAUCCUAACAGAUAUGGAGAGGAUCAUAGUACUCCUACAAGCGAAUCAACAUACUGAAGUCAUUAGUAUCACUGGAGUAAUCAAGACAAAGGCGAAAAGUAUGCUUGCUUUGUGGGAGCCUGCCGUUGUAGAGGAGUCUCUAGCGAUUAUCGGGUGGCCCAAACACAUCGCCAACGAUGGUCCCGAAAAUCAAACGUUAUCGGCUGUAAUGCGCUUGACUGACCAAUUGAGUUUGUUCGAGGCCAAUUCCGACUGUGAGAACUUUGACACCUCAUCCAGUUCAAGUUCAAAAGAAACAUCACCCAUCGUCGAUGUUGCAACAUUCCCUUCGAGUUCUUUCAGCCCUGUCUCCAGCAACGGCCACCAGGACAGAGAGCCAUUUAAGAACAUGUACGAAACAGAACUGAGAUUCUACAACGAUUAUUUCAAGAGCGAAGAACGAAGUCGGUUGAACCAUUCUUUCCGAUCCAUUCGAUCACCGUCAAAGCCGAAGCUAAACGAUGCUCAAAGUUUAUCGUUCGAUUCGAACAGGCCGAGACAUGGAAGCUUGAGACAUGAUUUCAAAAGUACAGCUUCUUUGGAACAAGUUUCAUACAGAUGUUUGAUGGAAAGCUUGAGUGGGAUUGAUAAGAAAAAGAGUACAGCGUUAAGAAAAGAAUCGUGUUCGUUGCCAAGUAUAGGUCAAAUAGACUCGAUAACGAGGGAAAAUAAUUUAGCGUUCCUAAAGAGUAUAGGAACAGAUGUUGACGCAGCUUUGGUGCUAGCACUCGAAGGUGUUAUGAAAUUUGUGGACUAUAAUAAAGAUCUAACAGAUGACAACCUUGAGUAUUUGAAGAAUGUGUCGGAAGGUUUCAAAGUAUCGGCCGAAGUACUGGUGCGCUGGUUGAGAGUUUCGCACGCAGCAUUACGAUUGAGAUGCGAGUCUACGUCAUGGGCCUGGGAAAAUGCCACGCUACAGACUAGACGAUACAUGUGCUUCUCACAAGCGUUGGCAACACUGACAUCGGGUUUGCUGUGUUGGUUCUGCUCGGCACCUUCCGAGAUUGUAGUCAAAAUUUUGACAUCAGAGCUUGGUCCUUUAUGCGGCUUCGAAGGCCUCUUGAGCCUGUAUUCGACUGAGAAAGCCAUGUGGGGCGAUAUGGUGGUGGCCAUCGAGGACUUGCAGACCGUUGUUUUUACUUUGACAAAAGUUGGACAUAGUAACAUGGCGAUACCACAAGUGAGCGGGACCAGAGAUGCUCUUAUAGUACAUAUCCCUGUGUCCGAUUCACUUUAUGGCAAAUUUGUUAAUAAAGAGCACCUGAGUUUCACUAUAACGCCGGUAUUUUUCAAUGUGGGUAUCAAUGAAAAAGCGACGCUUGCUGAAGCCUUGGGCGAGACCACGCCGCAAUUUCAGUCGAAUAACGACAAUUUGGACAGACUGUACAAGUAUUACUACAAAUAUAAUAAAGUGUUUCCUGCUGACCACUUGGCUCCAAACCGAGCAUCAUCUAGAACAAAACCGCUGGAAGAAGUGAUGGAAAAUCUACGAAUUGCCGUACAUAAGAAAGUGCCUAAAAAUAUUGAAGUGUUGCACCUCGCUGCUUUAGCCACGAGACUUAUGAACGGUAUAAGGUUCACAUCAUGUAAAAGUGCCAAAGACAGGACUGGUAUGUCCGUGACUUUAGAACAGUGUUCCAUACUCGCUUCGGAAUACCAUCUAGCUGAACACGAGAUGAAAAAGGCUCUUAGUAUCAUGAGAAGUGAGGGUUGUCGCCGCGAGAACACAUUCAAAAAUAUAGGCGUGAGAAAAUAUGCGUUUACGAAAAAACAGGUAAUGGCACUUCCCGAAGAGUACAGACCUCCGCCUGGUACUUACGGUUCGACGCAAACAUAAAUAGUAUACGCACUUCUUAAGUUGCCCUCAAACUACGGAAAUAUAAUAUAUAAUAUAUAAAUAUAGCUCACCCUACUUUUAAAUGUCACUGUUCACACUUAGUUGUAAAAUUAUAUUACAUCUAAGUGUGGACAGUGACAUUUAAAAGUAGGGUGAGCGAUAUUUAUAUAUUAUAUUAUAUUCCGUAGUUUGAAAUCAACUUCAAACUUCUUAACUAGAUGGUAAAGUAUCAAAACUCAAUGUAAAAUGUACUUAAAUUAUUUUUAUUACUUUAGGCAUCAAUCCCAAUAGUGUCCAGAAUUUAGAGUUUGUCGUUCCAUAAUCGUGACAAUGUGGCUAAUUCUGUUGUACACAAUCUUUAAACUAUAAUGACAGGUCUAUACAAAUUAUAUGUAUACAAUAUACAUAUUAACAUACUCCAAUCAACAAUAAAUAAAAUGCGUUUUAAAUUGAACUAUAUUCAAUUAUUCAGAAUAUUUUAAUGUGAUCGUUUUGCUUUGAAUGACGUUUACUAUGAACGUAUAGUUAUCGUAUUUAUAGUUUAUACAAACUUCACCUGACAUUUUACCGUAAUACUUACACUUUAGGGUAUAAUUCCGAACUAUUGAAAAUGAUUGUACUUAUGGUAGACCAAGAAUUUACUACUUAAUAUAAUUUAAUAUAUUAUUAUGUAUAAUAAACGACUAUUAAUAAUUAAGUAUAAUGUUUUUGUCAUGAUAAAUUACUUAAAUAUUUAUAUUAUAGAUCAAUAUCUUCCCAUGUAGAUGCCAAGGAUUUAGCAUGUACUUACAGCACAUAUUUACAAUUAAUCAUAAUAAAUAAUAGAAUAUUUCCUAAUUUUGAUAGGCAGGUGCAUUUCACGAAAAGAGGCGUGUUUUAAAGAGGUUCGUUUCGAGAAAUAAUUACGAUUAUAAGUAUCUAAAAUCGUUUCUUUAUAUAUAUUCAAAAAUCACACAUAAAAUGAAAAAAAAUAUAUACGUUUUAUAUUGUUUUGUCUAUGAAACAAACCGCUUUACUAGAGGGUAAUAAAUAAUAAUAAAAUAAUAAUAAACAGAGGGAAAAGCAGAAAAGUAUUGAUAUAAAAGUUAGAUGGAUAGAGAAUUAAUAUAAAAAAGUAAUUUUUUUAUCCAAGUGUAAUUUUUUGUUCAAGUGUAAAUUAUAUUAAAGUGCUACCAUAUAGUCUUUUAAAACACAGUUCUUGUUAUCUAUGACAUGUCACCCAAUAUAACUGAAUAUCUAGAGUAUGCGACGGGUCGAGAUGGCAAACGGGGUGUGAGGCGGGAGGACGUCCCGUACACCCGCACGUGUAGCGUGGAGACUGCAGCUGUGCGGGGCGGCCCACUCCGAUUGCCAGGUCAACCUAUAUGUUAUUGAAAGUAUUAUA